GUGGUGAGCCAGAUCGACCGACUGACGUCCGACUUUGAGUUCGAGCUGGAGCCGGACGACUGGACGACGGCAACAGCCAGCAGCACCUCCAGCAGCGAGAAGGGGGGAGACGGUCCGAACCCCCCUCGGCCACAGCCGCAGCCCCCGCCGGCUCGCCAGCCCGAUUACCGGCUGAUGAACGGGGGGAUCCCCAUCACCAAUGGUCCCCGGGGUGGGGGGACCCCGGAUUCAUCCAGCGAGGAAGCCUUUGGCACAACAGUCAGCCAGAAGAUCUCGCAUCACCGGCCAGCCGGCACACGGGAACGGGUCCGAUUCAGCGACAAGGUGCUUUACCAUGCUC